AUAUUGUCAUUUAAUCAGACAGUUAUGUCAUUUAAUUAUGCUUGUGUGUGUGUGUGUGUGUGUGUGUUUGUUUAAUGGAACUAACUAAACUCUGUGUGUGUGUUUUACAGAAGCGAAAGCGCGCUUGAGUUCUGCUGAACUUUGAUCCGUCAGUCAGAAUGUCUGAGGUUCGGUCGUCUGAAGGCUCGGUUCGGGUUCAGAUGUGCGGGGAUCAGGCGCUGUUUUACCGACAGGCUCUCCCCGCUGGCUGUACCGCACGUCUGACGGUUUUGCUGCUGCACGGGAUCCGGUUCUCCUCUGAAAACUGGCGAAAUAUCGGAACUCUGGAGACUCUGGCGGCCGCCGGUCACAGAGCGCUCGCGCUCGAUCUGCCCGGUUUGGGUCAGUCUAAAUCAGCGGCGGCUCCGGCAGCAGUGGGUGAACUGGCCCCGGGUGCUUUCCUCAAGCAGGUGUGUGAAGGUCUUCAAACGGGUCCUGUGGUGGUCAUCAGUCCCUCUCUGAGCGGCAUGUACUCGCUACCGUUUCUCUUUCAACACACUGAUCUGGUGAAGGCAUACAUCCCCGUGGCUCCCAUCUGCACAGAGAAGUUCUCAGCGGGUCAGUACUCCAGCGUUCAGACACCGGCUCUUAUCGUGUAUGGAGACCAGGACAGUCAGUUUGGGGAGGCGUCACUAAGUAACCUGAGUCAUCUGGCCAAUCACAGAGUGGUGGUAAUGAAGGGGGCGGGGCAUCCGUGUUACCUUGAUGAUCCUCAGACCUGGCAUAAGGCGGUCCUGGACUUCUUGCAGACGUUAUCGUGAUCGUCUCUGAUUAAUAUUAUUGCUAAAAUUAUAACCGAACAUUCCAAAUCCAAAAGAAAAUCUUCGUAUUAAGCUCAUUUACUUUAAGUUUCUUAGUGGGAAAUCUCUGCUCAGAUGAACGACGCAAUACCGAUGUGAACCCUGACUGUGCUGAAAUGACUUCUGAUACAGACACACAGACAGAGAGUGUUAUAUUUGGAGCAGUUAAAGUCCCAGUGAAAUUAAAAAUGACCAUUCUUAUUUUGUCAUGAAAUAUUGCAGCGUUUAUAGUAAAUAGUUUAUCAAUGUGAGUCAUUUUCUUUUUAAAAUUCAUGUACCCUCAUAAUCUUUAUGAAUUCACUUCCGCCCUGAAAUGACUAUCCAUCUGAAAUGACGGAAACUAGACUGCUUAGGCGGAGCAUCCGUUAACUCCUCCCCUUCAACUGUCAGUCUGCUGCCAGUUUCAUUUCAAAAUCAACAGGCUUGUUCGACUUGAUGCGGCGCCGAAGAUCCGACAGGCGGAUGACAUCAAAGUACCGCGAGAGCGAGAGCGAUUCGAAAAACGAUAAAAAGUUUGCUUUCGAAUCGCUCUCGCGGUACUUUGAUGUCAUCCGCCUGUCGGAUCUUGCGGCGCCGCAUCAAGUCGAACAAGCCUAAUGCAACAGCUGUUAUUACACAUCCAAUCAAAUCGCAGUGAAAAAUGCAAGCCACACCCACUCAUUUACGCCUUUGAAAUUCCUUGUGUCAGAAUACGGAAGUAAAAACGAUCACAACUUCCUGUUCACGGGGACUUUAAAGUUUAGAAUGAGAUGUUUGACCAAUAGCUGCACAUCUGUGUCAUAUUCAACAACGUCCUUUGAUCAUUAUUGUGAAACUAUACACACAUUUAUUUUUCAUUUUCAAAAAUCAACA